UGGCAAUUAAAGGGGUUAUUGUCCGCUUAAGAUUCGCCGUCAUCCCCACAGGCAAGCCACGGUCCCCCGCAGGGGGACUGAUCGGUUCACCGCUUGUUCUUCACGCUGUCCGACCGAUGCAGCCUGUGUCACAAAGACCAAGUUGUUCUGUUGCGGGCAUUCGGUGAGGAAGCAGGGACUUUUGUGGGGGGGCCUGCGCUGCCGGCUGCAGGCCAGCUCCAUGCAGGCUGAAUGGUGGGGCCGCCCUGGCCUAAAAACGGAACUUGGGAGCUGGAUUGGUCGCUUCAUAAGUCCAACCAUUAGGAUUUAUCUAUCACUGGACUUCAAGUUCAGUUCUCAUCUUGAGCUGGCUAGAUAGGAAUCACAGGAUUACAGGGAUCAAUGCCGUGGAUAUGGCCCCUCCGAUUGGGAGUACAGAUGGACCGCGGGAAAGGGAAGCGUCCAAGACUUCUGGGGCUGUGGGGAGCGGUCUGCAGGGAGUCACAGGCGGGACCAGGACCACUCGGAUUGAACAUGGCGAGUGGGCAGUCGUGCUGCUAGCCCUGGCCGCUGCUGGGAACAUUGUGACUUUGCGCAAAAGACUUCUGCACAUACAGCGAAUGAAUCCACCUCGUGAGUCCUGGCAGAGCAGCUCAAGUACCGGCCAGCGCGCCUACUCUCAAAGUGCGCGCUCUGGGCCGCAAGCAAGGACUGAUUAUGAGGGGGCAGCCCGGAGAGCUCACGAGAGAGCUCAGCGGAUGCGCACUAUGUGGGAAGAAGAGUUUCGGAGACAGCAACGGCAUCAGCGAGCAUGGGAGCGGGAGGCAGCGGAGCGGGAGCAUUUCCAGCAGGCAUAUGCGCGAUACAACGCCCGCUUCCAAUACCGGGGCCAGGGGGGUCCCUUCAGCUACUUUCAGGGUGCACCGCCCGCGCGGGGCGCGGAGCACCUUGCAGUACUGGGGCUGGACGGGACAAGGGGGGCAACAUUUACUGCUGCGGAGAUCAAGGCUGCAUUUCGGGCAAAAGCUCUUGAGACGCAUCCAGACCGGAAUCCACAGAAUCAAGAAGAAGCGAAGGAGAAGUUUCGAAAGGUAGUGGAGGCAUACGAAGCACUUGGUCAUGUACAAAAGGGAAGCAUGUUGUAGGGAUGAGUAAGCUGCUCGCACCUUUUAGGACCAUAAUCCAGUGUAAAAUUGCAAUGAGGUACAUCUCUUCAACCGUUGAGUGAAGGUCAUUCAAACGUCGUUUGAUCAGUGUUGCCAACCAUUAGAACUUCGCAACAGAAGUAUAGUUUGUCGUUUGGCCGAACCACUCGACCACUCGUUCGACAGACUAAAGGUAGAAAGUGAGAAAGAUUGGUUUCGAAAGCUUAUUAUCAUGCUGCUAGCUAAGUAGGACGUGUUGUAUAUGACAUUCGCAACAAACGAGCCUGACACUGUGUAUCGUUGUUGACUGUGAUUCUUGGAGAUCGGAUCUGGCUCUCAACACGGUGUUGAGCACACAAAGCUGCUGCACGUUCUCCACACGUACCAUGGACGAGGCCAUCCGAGUCGAGUUUGGAUCACCCCUCUGAUUGUAUUGAUAUAUCUAGCAGCCGCUCAAUCUUUCAAUAAUCGGGUCACUGACCAGUAGCCGGCCAGAUAUACUAUAAGCCAAUUAAGGCCCAUUCACUGCAGAACUCUGGAACCUCUCGUUUGAACUUGGGAAUGUGCC